AUGCAUUCAGAAGGCAGAGGAGCUCCUGGAGCUGCGAGCGGCUCCGAGUCUCCGCAAAACUUGCAUGUAGAUGCCGCCGCCGCGCCCACUGUGUCGCCGCAAUCCGCCUUCCUCACCCGCAUAGAGAUUCUGUCGACCCGUGUUCCCAACUUCUACAUUGCUCCUUUCUGCGGAGCCAGUGCUGGCGUGGCUUCUGGGAUUGUCACAUGCCCACUCGAUGUCAUCAAAACCAAGCUGCAAGCCCAAGGCGGCUUUGCCCGACGAGGCGGGCAAACGGUCGAGGCAAAGACGCUGUAUCGCGGGAUGCUGGGCACCGGAAGGAUGAUUUGGCGGGAAGAUGGCAUUCGCGGUCUCUACCAGGGUCUUGGGCCGAUGCUGUUAGGGUAUCUUCCGACCUGGGCCGUGUAUCUGGCGGUCUAUGACCGGACUCGUGAAUAUUUUUACGACCAGACAGGAAGUUGGUGGUUGUCCCGUGGCUAUGCAUCAAUCACAGCCGGAGCAUGCUCAACGAUCGUGACAAACCCUAUCUGGGUCAUCAAGACACGGCUCAUGUCACAGAGCCUCAAGAAAAGCAGUGAAGGACUGCGGGCACCAUGGCAAUACUCGAGCACAUGGGACGCUGCCCGUAAAAUGUACCAAAUCGAGGGGAUUCGCUCAUUCUACUCUGGCCUGACCCCGGCUCUGCUGGGUCUCACCCACGUGGCCAUCCAAUUCCCCCUCUACGAAUAUCUGAAGAUGGCAUUCACGGGCUAUGGAAUCGGGGAGCACCCGGACACCGGGAGCUCACAUUGGAUUGGCAUUUCAUUCGCUACCUUCCUCAGCAAGAUCUGCGCUAGCACCGUCACCUACCCGCACGAGGUCUUGCGGACCCGACUGCAGACGCAGCAGCGCACCGCUCCCGCCCCCUCACCGGAGGAAAUCGCCUUCCGUGGAGGUUUGCAUCACCCUUAUGAUCGUGGCCGGUCGUCGAUUGCGUCGUCGUCCGACGGAAUGCCUAACCGGCCCCGUUACAGUGGAAUGGUGCGCACAUGUCAGACUAUCUUGCAGGAAGAAGGCUGGCGCGCAUUCUAUUCCGGGAUCGGCACGAAUCUGUUCCGGGCCGUCCCGGCCGCCAUGACGACUAUGCUCACCUACGAGUACCUGCGGAAGCUCAUCCACACCUUCCAGCAUGAUGGCGCGCUGAAGCGAAAAAUGGCCGAAGAGGCCGCCGAUACAUCGAGCAUGAUCUAA